AUGGAGGUCACAGACGUCGGCCACGCCAGUUCCCUCCUGGUCCAGCUGAACGAGCAGCGUCUGAGCGGCCAGUUCUGCGACGUCACCAUCAUUGCCGAAGACAAAAAGUUCAAGGCCCACAAGAACGUCCUCGCCGCCUCCAGCCCGUACUUUAAGGAAGUGCUUCUGGAGGAGUCGGCCUGCCGCCAGCCGAGCCAGAUCCUGGAGCUUCCAGACAUUCAGGCCGAGGUCUUCUCCGAUAUCCUCAACUUCAUCUACAACUCCCACCUCUCUGUGCCCAGCCCGGCAGCUGCCAAGGAGAUCGGGGCCGUGGGGCGACGCUUGGGCAUUUCCCGCUUGGAGAACCUGGACGACCCCUUGGCUGAUGCCAAGAUGGACGACUCCGGCAUCGUUUCCUCCGUGCCCUGCGGCUCACCUAUUGACCUCACCUGCCCUUCCCGCUCAGCUGAGCCCUCCAGCCCUCUCUGCUUCCAGGAUUUGGCCAAAGUGCCCAGCCCUGUGCGGGACUCUCACCCUGACACCGAAACCGAGACGGCGAAAAUCCUCUACAACCUCAGCUCAGCAGCCACGGUGCCGCCGGCGCCACCACCUGACCUGGCUUUUGUGCUGAAGGGAAAUGUUGCUUGGGACCAUAACAAUCCUUCUGGAAAGCCCUCCGUGGCCACCACCGAUACCGAGACAUCCCAAGCGCCGGCCUCCUCUUCCUCGUCCCCAUCAGGCGCUUCCUACCCAGCGAGCAGCACCUUCUGUUGCGGAAGCUGCAGCCGCUCCUUCACCACGGCAUCCGCGCUCAGCCUUCACGUGAAGCUCCACCGGACGCGGCGUUCCUUGUCUUGCCGUCACUGUGGGAAGAGUUUUAUCCACAUCAAAAGGCUGCAGACGCACGAGGUCUUGUGCAAGGGAGUGGAGAAGACGGAGGAGCCUGCCACUGUGGUCGAGACGCUGCCCAACCCAGGGCUCCCUUCCAAGCCAACGGCAGCACCAACAUCUUCCAAGAAGGGCAUUCUGUUCCGUCACCGGAGCCUGCCACGGCUGGACUAUAUCUCUGACCAAGACCACUUUGUCAAAGUGGUGGAUGGCCACAUCAUCUAUUUUUGCACCGUCUGCGAGCGGUCCUAUAUGACCCUAUCAAGCCUCAAACGCCACUCCAAUGUCCACUCCUGGCGGCGAAAAUACCCAUGCCGCUACUGCGACAAAGUCUUUGCUUUGGCGGAAUACCGCACGAAGCAUGAGGUCUGGCACACAGGGGAGAGACGCUACCAGUGCAUCUUCUGCUGGGAAACCUUUGUCACCUACUACAACUUGAAGACCCAUCAGAAGGCCUUCCACGGGAUCAACCCUGGUCUCAUCUGUUCUGAGAAAACCCCCAACGGAGGCUAUAAGCCUAAACUCAACGCUCUCAAGCUCUACCGGCUCUUGCCCAUGCGUUCCCAGAAGAGGCCCUACAAGACCUACAGCCAGGGCCUGAUGCCAGAUAACCUCUUGCUGCCCUCUCAGCCCAUUCCUAUGGCGUUAGGUGAUGGGGACUCCUUGGAUGGAAAUUUGGUCUCCUCGUUGGGUGCCAAUAACGUCUCUUCCGUCUUCACCACCAACAGCAGUUCGUUAGAGUUGCCUGAAGCAGAACGCUUUCCACGACAGGAAACCGUGGGUGCUCUGGAGACGUCCGCGUUCCCUGCUGUGGCCGAAAAGGCACCACAGGAUACGCGGCCAGGACCGCGGGGCGCAGAAGUACCCACGGUCAUUGCCUACGGCCGCCCGGCCUCUUCCGUAAUCGUCCACAGCACUUCGGUGCUGGCACAGGCCGCCUCGUCUGUGAUUACGUAUAAGAGCAAAUCUUCAGACGCUCUGCCAGAUACGGGACCCCCUCCGGCACAACCGCCACCCCCACCGCCUUCCACUGUUGUGGCAAAGCCCAUCAAGAAACAAGUACUGAAAGAGUACAUCCAGUCACAGAAGGCAGCAGAACAGGCCUUAGACGAGAGUGGGAGUGACCACGGGCACAGGGCAAGGCCUCCCCGUGUUGGGCGUACCAUGACGUACAUGGCUAAGCCCGCGUAUGUGGGCACUGCCUCGGAAAGCCGACCCGCCCCGCUCUGCCAGAUCACUGUGCGCAUUGGUGAGGAAGCCAUAGUCAAGCGGCGCAUCUCUGAAACAGACCUCAUGCUGGACAAAAGCGGCCGUGUGGGGGGUAAGCGCUUUGAUUUUGGCGGGGAGAAGCAGCCGGCACUGCCAGCGCUGCCCCCCCAUGGCAGGCACGCCGAUAGGGGCUACGCCAACGAGAGCGGGGAGGAGGAGAGUGACCGAGGAGAUGCAGAAGACCAGCUUUGGAGGCCGUACUACAGCUACAAGCCCAAACGCAAGGCGUGCAGCACGGGCAGCGGUGGCAACGCCGUUCCCAAGGUGAAGAAGUCCCGGUGGCGCCGCAAACUCCGCUCGCUGCGCUGGAUGAAACGGACAGAGAAAGCCGAGGAGGAAGAAGAGGAUGAGGAGAAGGUCAGUGUGGGGACCAGCGACCCAGCAUCCGCCGAGGUGUCCGCUGGCCUCGGAGGUGCCUCUGAAAGUGAGGGGAUGGACCCCCCUCUGAAAGCAGGCAGCGGGCGGGGAUCAGAUUGGAAGCAUGAAUGUGGCGUUUGCGGCAAGCUGUUCUCAGCGCUGAAGAAGCUGAGGAAGCACGAGCGAGUGCACGGCCGCCUUGGCAAAGACGACCAGUCUCUGACGCCGCUGCUGGCGACCCCUCACCGCGUAGGCCGGAAGCCUUUGGUGAAGUUCACCUGCACCCACUGCUCCAAGGUCUGCAAGACGGCGGCGGCGCUGAGCCGCCACAUGAAACGGCACGAGGGUGAGCAGCCAGAGGGCACCCCCUUGCCAGCCCUCACCACUGUCAUCGCCUACUCCAAGAAGACCCCCGACAUGCCCCCAGCAGUGUCGUCGCCAGUGGUGAAGGAGGAGACCACGCAAGAAAUGCAAGUGUCGUCUUCCAGCGGCGAGGCUCCCAUGUCUCAGCAUGAGCUUCCGGAAGAAGGACCCGUAGCAAUGGAUACACAGCCUUCCAACGGCUGUUUGCUGGCACCGCUGCUGGAGGAGGAGAUGACUGCCCCACUGCUGGGAGAAAGCAAACCCCCCUUUAGAGAAGAGGUGCUCGUCCCUCCACCACCUUUGGAGGCUGCCACCAGCCUCGCCGAUUUGCCACCGCCUUUGUCCCGCUCCCUCCAAGACCCCGUCAUCUCACAUACGGGUCUGGUCCGGAAACAGGCUCUGGCGCCACAGGAGAUAGAGGAGGAUCGGUAUCCGGUGCAAGAGUACCCCUUGCCGCUCUUGGUGCCGGGCAGCUGUCGGACCAGGAAGGAUCUGGAGGACAAGGCCUCCUUCCUCACUUAUCCCAGCGCCAUUCAGUUCAACGCUGUGGGCAAAGCCGGCAGCAGUGAGACGGACGGCAAGGUGAGCUUCUACCCCGACCCGUACCCCCUGAUGUAUGGCCCCCAGCUCCUGGCCGCCUACCCGUACAACUUCACCUUGCCGGUGGCUCUGAACAUGGUCGUCCCGGAUGAGAAGGGGCAACCGCUCCCCUUCCUCCCCAGCGUCUUCAGCUACGCGAUGAAUCCGUGCCGGAGCGAGGCCCACGAGGGGGGCGCCCCCGGAGCAAACGGGGGCAUGGCGGUGGGGGCCAGUGCCGCUCGGGAGGGCAGAGGAGAGCCGGCGGCUUCUGAGCGGCUUAAGAAAGGCCACCUUCUGUGA